AUGAGGGGCCCCAAUGGCACUGAAUCGAGUGCAACGCAUUUCAUCCUCAUAGGCCUGCCAGGCUUGGAGGAAGCUCAGUUCUGGCUGGCCUUUCCAUUGUGCUCCCUCUAUGUCAUUGCUGUGCUGGGUAAUCUGACCAUCAUCUACGUUGUCCGGACAGAGCACAGCCUACACGAGCCCAUGUAUAUCUUUCUUUGCAUGCUUUCUGGCCUCGACAUUCUCAUCUCCACCUCAUCCAUGCCCAAAAUGAUGGCCAUCUUCUGGUUCAAUUCUACCGUCAUCCAGUUUGAUGCUUGUCUGGUACAGAUGUUUGCCAUCCAUUCCUUAUCUGGCAUGGAGUCCACUGUGCUGCUGGCCAUGGCCUUUGAUCGCUAUGUGGCCAUCUGCCAUCCUCUACGCCAUGCCACUGUGCUCACGUUGCCUCGGGUUGCCAAGAUUGGCAUGGCCGCUGUGGUCCGGGGCGCUGCCUUAAUGGCACCCCUGCCUGUCUUCAUCAAACAGCUGCCCUUCUGCCACUCCAAUACCCUGUCCCAUUCCUACUGCCUACACCAAGAUGUCAUGAAACUUGCCUGUGCUGAUAUCCGUGUCAACGUCAUCUAUGGCCUCAUUGUCAUUAUCUCUGCUAUUGGCCUGGACUCACUUCUUAUCUCUUUCUCCUAUCUGCUUAUCCUUAAGACUGUGCUGGGCUUGACACGUGAAGCCCAGGCAAAGGCAUUUGGCACAUGUGUGUCUCAUGUAUGUGCUGUGUUCAUAUUCUAUGUGCCUUUCAUCGGAUUGUCGAUGGUGCACCGUUUUAGCAAGCGACGCGACUCUCUCCUGCCUGUCAUUAUGGCCAAUAUCUAUCUGUUGGUGCCUCCAGUGCUCAACCCCAUCGUCUAUGGAGUGAAGACCAAGGAGAUCCGGCAGCGCAUCCUUCGUCUUUUCCAUGUACCCACACGCACUUCAGAUACUUAG